AGUGUUAGGAUUACAGGCAUGAGCCACCAUGCCUGGCCCAGGUGCAAGGCCUUUGACACCACUCACCCCCCAACCCCCAAAUCUGCCGUACCAGCUGAGCUUUCUGCGCAGGGUGGCAGCCCUGGGAGGAAUGAAAUGAGGAAGGCGGAUGAGCCAACCGGAGCAGACAGCAGAGGCCUCACCCGAUCACAUGGGCCCCCACGUCCUGGGCCUCUGGGCCUCCCCAGGAGCCUCCUAAACCCCAGAGCUGUCCGUAUCCCUGACCUGCUGAGAUCUCCCCAUCCUGUGGCUCUCCAGCCCAGGAGGUCACCAGGGCCUGCCAUGGAGUCCUCCCUGGAGUCCAGAGAUGGGGACACCAAAGUGGUGGGAAUGACGGGGACUACAGAGAGUAAGAAACUAGUUGGUCAGGUGCGGUGGAUCACGCGUGUAAUCUCAGCACUUUGGGAGGCCAAGGCGGGCAGAUCACCUGAGGUUGGGAGUUCAAGACCAGCCUGAUCAACAUGGUGAAACCUCAUCUCUACUAACAGUACAAAAAAUUAGCCAGGCAUGGUGGCGCAUGCCUGUAAUUCCAGCUACUCAGGAGACUGAGGCAGGAGAAUUGCUUGAACCUGAGGCGGAGGUUGCAGUGAGCCAAGAUUACACCACUGCACUCCAACCUGAGCAACAGAGUGAGACUCUGUCUCAAAUGAAAAAAAAAAAAAAAGAAACUAGUGACCAUGUUAGGAACAUACAGGCAACCAAUGCCCCAAGCUUGGGACAGUAGCAGGCAGGCCAGGAAUUCAAGGGAAAUAGAAGUGCCCGGGAGGGGCCAGGCACAGUGACUCACGCCUAUAAUCCUAGCACUUUGGGAGGCCGAGGCGGACUGAUCCCUUGAGGUCAGGAGUUUGAGACCAGCCUGCCCAACAUGGUGAAACCUCUUCUCUACUAAAGAUACAAAAAGUAGCCAGGAGCGGUGGUGUGUGCUCAGGAGGUUGAUACAAGAGAAUUGCCUGAACCCGGGAGGCAGAGGUUGCAGUAAGCCGAGAUGGCACCAUGGCACUCCAGCCUGGGUGACAGAGCAAGACAGUCUCAAAAAAAAAGAAGUGGCUGGCAGGAUCUGGAGACAGAUUGGAGCUUCCCCACCUCCUUCCCUUCCUCCUCUGCCCUCCCCCGCCCCACCUCCAGCAGCCCCCACCCUGUGUGCUGGCCGUGGAGCAGAAGCCACAAUCACUUCCUGAAGGCAGCGGCCCCAGCUCGGGUCCCACUCAUCCCGUGGCCCGUCACCUGCCUGCAGCCAUGGAGAGCCGUCAGGACUUCCGGAGCAUCAAAGCGAAAUUCCAGGCCUCUCAGCCGGAGCCCAACGACCUGCCCACAAAACCCCCGAAGCCUGAGUUCAGUAAACUCAAGAAGUUCCCCCAGCCUGAGCUAAGCGAGCACCUCAAGAAACCCCCACUGCCUGAGUUCGGUGCAGUGUCCUUGAAGCCCCUGCCUCCUGAGUUCACUGACCUCCCCAAGAAACCCCCGCCGCCUGAGGUCACUGAUCUUCCCAAGAAACCCCCGCCGCCUGAGUUCACUGACCUCCCCAAGAAACCCCCGCCGCCUGAGUUCACUGACCUCCCCAAGAAGCCUCCGCCGCCUGAGGUCACUGACCACCCCAAGAAGCCGUCCAAACUGGAGUUCAGUGACCUCUCCAAGAAGUUCCCACAGCUGGAGGCCACUCCAUUUCCAAGGAAGCCCCCGCAGCCUGAGGUCGGUGAGGCCCCUUUGAAGGCCUCGCUGCCAGAGCCCAAUACGCCUGUCCGGAAACCCCUGCAGCCGGACGAGCUCAGUCACCCCGCCAGACCCCCAUCUGAACCCAAAUCCAGUGCAUUCCCCAGGAAGUUAUGGCAGCCCGAGGCCAGUGAGGCUACCCCAAAGCCCACGCAGCCUGAGUUGAGUACCUUUCCCAAGAAGCCCGCACAGCCUGAGUUCAACAUGCACCCCAAAAAGCCCCCACAGCCUCAGGUCGGUAGCCUCCCUAAGAAGUCCCUGCCGCAGCCUGAGUCCAGUGACGUCCCUCAGACACCGCCCUGGAAGCCUGAGUCCACUGAGUCCCUCCCCCACUCCCCGAAGCCCACCUUCAGUACCAUUCCCAAGAAGCCGGUGCAGCCCGAGUUCAGUGUGUACCCCAGAAAGCCCCCACAGCCUCAAGCGGAUGGCCUCCCUAAGAAGUCCAUGCCGCAGCCUGAGUUCGGCGAGGCUGCUCAGACUCCUCUCGGGAAGCCUCAGUCCAGUGAGCCGAAGCACGACUCCAGCGCCUUUCCCAAAAAGGCCUCCCAGCCUCCGCUGAGUGACUUUCCCAAGAAGCCUCCGCAGCCUGAGCUUGGGGACCUCACCAGGACUUCCUCGGAGCCCGAAGUCAGCGUGCUUCCCAAGAGGCCGCGGCCGGCCGAAUUCAAAGCUCUCUCCAAGAAGCCCCCGCAGCCCGAGCUGGGCGGCCUCCCCAGGACCUCCUCAGAGCCCGAGUUCAACUCACUCCCCAGGAAGUUGCUGCAGCCGGACCGCCGGGGGCCACCCCGCAAGUUCUCACAGCCUGAACCCAACGCUGUCCUCAAGAGACACCCGCAGCCCGCGUUCUUCGGUGAUCUGCCUCGAAAGCCUCUACUCCCCAGCUCCGCUUCCGAGAGCUCACUGCCCGCGGCCGUGGCCGGCUCCAGCUCCCGGCACCCGCUCAGCCCUGGGUUUGGAGUUGCUGGGACACCCCGCUGGAGGUCAGGAGGCCUUGUUCACAGUGGAGGGGCCAGGCCAGGCCUCAGACCCAGCCAUCCACCCCGGCGGAGGCCUCUGCCCCCUGCCAGCAGCCUGGGACCCCCUCCAGCCAAGCCCGCGUUGCCCCCGGGCCCCGUGGAUAUGCAGAGCUUUUGGAGACGCUCUGCAGCAUCCACAGAUCUACGGAGGACCCGCUCGGCCGCUGCGCUCCACUUCCAGGCCCGACGGCCUGAAGACAUCCCGCAGAUCCCAGAUGAGAUCUACGAGCUGUAUGACGACGUGGAACCCAGAGAUGACUCCAGCCCCAGCCCCAAGGGCAGAGAUGAAGCACCCUCGGUUCAGCAAGUCACCAGGAGGCCACCACAAGACCCAGCGCUCAGGAAGGAGAAGGAUCCCCAGCCACAGCAGUUGCCACCCAUGGACCCAAAGUUGCAGAAGCAGCUGAGGAAGGCAGAGAAGGCCGAGAGGGAGUUCCGGAAGAAGUUCAAGUUUGAAGGGGAGAUCGUGGUUCACACGAAGAUGAUGAUUGACCCCAAUGCCAAGACACGCCGUGGGGGCGGCAAGCACCUCGGGAUCCGGCGCGGGGAGAUCCUGGAGGUGAUCGAGUUCACCAGCAAUGAGGAGAUGCUGUGCCGGGACCCCAAGGGCAAAUAUGGCUACGUGCCCAGAAUAGCGCUCCUGCCCCUGGAGACGGAGGUGUACGAUGAUGUCGACUUCUGCGACCCCCUGGAAAACCAACCACUUCCCCUGGGACGGUAAGGCCGGUAGGCAUGGGGCAAGGACCGCCAGCCAGCCCAGCGCCCGCUCACCCAGGAGCCCUGGAUCCCGGCGUGGGAGAGUCACAGAGCUGCCCGGGCUUGUGCCUGGCCACAUAAAGUCCAUUUAAAGCAG